AUGAAAUUUCCCAUAGACUCGCUAACUCCACGGCAUAAACGUUAUUCGCCUUCGGAUUAUCGUUCAAAAAUUAAAAUGGCACCAAACGUGGCUCAACCAAGUGGAGAACAUUUUGCAAACACGUUUUCUGUGGUUCCUAGUGAAGACGUGCUCAAAUACUAUGAAUGCAAACAGGGCUGCUCGGAUUGUUGUGGACCACGAACAACUAUUGCCUUGACUAAUCAGCGAUUGGUUAUACGCAGUGAACAAUCCACUGGGUGCUGCUGCAAAACACAUGCUGAUUCUGCUAUCUUUCUUAUGCAA